UGGCGGCGGGUGUUCCUAUAAUUAGAUUGAAGGAGUUAGUUUGGGGACAUAAGGACAUCUCUCAAUGCUCAUUCUGAUCAAGCCUACAGACAGACAGUUUGGAGACAACAUUUCCGUCAGUGUCUGGACAGCUUUAUCGCUGACAGAAAGGAACCAAAGCCAGGGACAACGGACAAGAUGGGUCUGGUACAGUGGUUGAAGGGCCAGUUUUUGUGUCACCUGAUCAUCUGCUAUGGGUUCUUGGUCAGCGGUCUCCUGGUCAACCUAUUACAGAUCUGCACUCUGCCCCUCUGGCCAAUCAACAAGCAGCUGGCCCGGAGGAUCAACUGUAAACUGGGAUAUUCCCUCACCAGCCAGUCUGUGGCUCUCCUAGAGUGGUGGUCUGGCACUGAAGUAACUUUCUACACAGACCCAGCGGACUACCAAUUCUACGGCAAAGAGAACGCCAUCGUCGUCCUUAACCACAACUUUGAAAUAGACUUUCUGUGUGGCUGGACCUUCUGUGACAGAUUCGGGGUCCUUGGGGCCUCCAAAUGUUUAGCCAAGAAAGAGUUGUCGUACCUGCCUGUGAUUGGCUGGAUGUGGUACUUCCUGGAAAUGGUGUUUAUUAAGAGGAAGUGGGAGGAGGAUAAGAGGAGCUUUGUCCAGGGUCUUCAGAACCUACGGGAUUACCCUGAGAACUUCUGGUUCCUGCUACACUGUGAGGGAACACGCUUCACAGAGGAGAAGCAUCAGAUCAGUAUGGAGGUGGCAGAGAAGAAAGGCCUGCCUAAACUCAAACACCACCUCCUGCCCAGGACCAAGGGCUUCUGGGUAGCCGUCCAGAACCUCAGAGGGACAGUUGCUGCGGUCUACUGUUGUACACUAAAUUUCAGAAACAACGAAACACCAACCUUGCUGGGAGUUAUCAACGGGAAGAAAUAUCAUCCAGAUUUAUACAUAAGGAGAAUCCCUCUGGAGUCCGUACCAGAGGAUGAGGCUGAAUGUUCUUCCUGGCUUCACAAACUCUACCAGGAGAAGGACCAGUUCCAGGAGGACUACAGCCACACUGGAUGUUUCCCUGGCCCUGUAGUCACCCCUCUGCGUGGACCCUGGGCCCUAAUCAACUGGAUAGGCUGGACCUGCCUUCUCCUAUACCCCCUCUACCUCCUCCUGGUCCAGCUGGUCCUCUCUGGGUCUAUUCUCACCAUACUGGCCACUGUGGCCUUCUGCUCUGCAGCUACAGAGCGCUAUGGAUCCGUCUGCAGAUGAAUGUCCCAAGAGAGUACCGGUACAUCCUUGUAUGCCAUGGAUUAUGUAUACCUACAGUAUGUUAGCAAAAAUAGUUUGAAAGUGACACAUGUAUAAACAUUUUACAACUGGAGCAGGGCAUCCCUGCUGAGGGUGCAGGCUUCUGUUCCAGUACUAACACCUGAUUCAAUGUGUCAAACCUAAGUAGUUAAUAAUCAAGUGUGCUCCCCACUGUAGAUCAGGGAGCAGUGGAGGGGAGAACCGCUCAUAAUAAUGCCUGGAACUAAGCGAAUGGAAUGGCAUCAAACACAUGGAAACCAUGUACUUGAUACCAUUCCACUCCAGCUGUUACCAUGAGCCUGUUCUCCCCAUUUAAAGUGCCACCAACCUCUAUUGCCAUGGAGAUGGAUAUUUAUUUUUUCUUCACCUGGCAUUGUUUUAGUAACAACCGUUAACUUGCAUGUAAACGUUAGACAUUUUCAUCUUCAAAGAAUCAACACUUUCAUAUCAUUUCAAACUGUGCAAGUAAGCUUGUUUUAAUUAAACUAUUUUUCAAGAUGAACUAGAGUUGAUUAAUCACAGAUCACAAUUCUGUUGUAUUCUCAAAUGAUCAUGACCUUUUUGUUCAGUCAUAAAUUCUACAAUGAGUUGUAUUUGACUAUCACUAUUUCUCAGGAUAUCAGCCAUGUGAACCCAUUUUGUAGCUCAUAAUGGCAUGCAGCAGUGGUUCCCAAUCCCCGUCCUCCAGUUCCCCCAACAGCACACAUUGUUGUAGCCCCAGACAAACAUACCUGAUUCAACUCAGAGGGCCUGAUGAUUUAGUUGACAAGUUGAAUCCGGUGUUUGUCUGGGGCUACAAUAAAACUGGAGUUUGGAACCACUGGCCUACAGUAUGAUGGCAUUAUCCUUAUGGGCAUUUGCUAUGCACCCCUUGACAUUGCAUCUGAAGCAAAGAAUAGCUUAACUCCCACACUGUUUCCAUAUUGUUCAGCUAUGUUAUCAAUUUAAAAACCAUACCAUUAGAAAAUGUAUAUGAGGCUAAUCAUUAUACUGGAUUCUGUACAUGCUUUGGUUCAAAUCCAACCCUUGUAAUCUAGGUGGUGAGAUGCGAUCAUUAGCUUAAAACACACCAAGUCCAAUGCCAGAUACUUUUCUCAGAACAGCUGAGUGGCACUGUGAUAAUGAAGAUGGUUAGCCUAAGACUACCACAAUUACAUUGUCUAUGCGAAAUGUG